UGAUCGACACCAUACAUCCAGUGCAAUUCCUGUUCCAAAGAGACAGAGCGCUAGCUUCGGCAGAUUGGAUAUUGGCUUUUCCAGUGGGCUUCCUUCUCCAGAUAAAGGACUCCGAAAACGAGCCAGCACGGGAAAUGAAAGACUACAGUACAAAACUCCUCCUCCUAGUUACAACUCGGCUUUAACACAGACUGUUGCCGUCACAGCCCGUGUAGGAGAGUUAGAUAAAAAACCUGCAUCGAUAUCUUCCUCCUUGGAUACCUCUAUGGACUCCUCGAAAGGAAACACCGAGAAAGGCGAGGACUUGUGCAGGAGUUUAAAUGGAGAAAACGGGAAUUUCAGUAAUACCCAAGAGCGGCAGGAGUCUUUCCUAGGACAUACUAGUGCAAUAAAUGGGGCGUUUGUGCCCGGUGAGUGCUCUGGCACGGCGAGCAACGAGCAACCCUGUGAGUUUCGUCCCUCGCUUGGCCCUGUCCUUUGCUGCACCGUGGAGCAAGCGGAGGAGAUCAUGGGGAUGGAAGCCACGGGGUUCAGCACGGGAGAUCAGCUAGAAGACUUUAACUCCAUCCCGGUGGAGCACGCCGUGGCGGUGGAGUGCGAUGAACAAGUCCUAGGGGAGUUUGAGGAGUUUUCUCGAAGGAUCUAUGCACUGAAUGAAAAUGUGUCCAGCUUCCGCAGACCGCGUAAAAGUUCGGACAAGUGAUCUUGGACAGGGAUUUGAUAGCAGACAUUGAGGUGAAAUCAGUGAUCUGGAAUAGAGAUAAAAUUGCACUUAUUCUUUAUAUUAAUUAUAAAAAAUAAAUAAAAAAGGUAAAGCUAUUCCUAUGGUGUUAGACAAACGGACUUAAGCACGGUAACACAGGAUCAUGGUAUAUUCACAGCCCAGGUAAAUUUUGAUUCUGCUUCCAGUCCUCUUAUGUCUGGUAUUUAUAAUCUGUUGGAAUAUUAUUUUUUUUUUUUUAGGCAUUGGAAUCCAUUUAUAAAGGCUUUCCUGGAAA